CAAGCCAGUAGUGUUAGACAAUCGAUCGACUGUGGUUGUAUAGAGGCAUGCGCUCAUUUGCAACACGCCUUUCAUUCAGUAUAUAAUGUUCAUCCGAAGUGUUCGCGCAACUGUUGAGUUUUAGAUCGACACUUUUUUUUUGCUUUUGUUUAAAUACUCUUUAGUAUUUAAAUCGAGCAUCUUGAAAGUGAACACCCACCAGGCUAGACCGUGUUGCGUCAAAAGGAAAAAAAUAACAUAAUAUUAUCUUUACGUUUAUAUCCUAUAAAGAAAAACUUGUGAACCAUGUCAUUUUUUCAAGAAGAAAACGACGAAUAUGAAGACGUUAGUACCGUUUUGGUUAGAAAUUCGCAUCUCGAUCUUAUGGAUCAGGAUAUCCUUUAUCACUUGGCAUUGGGAAGCGGUUCACACGAUUUGAGAGCAAUGUUUGGCGACGUAAAAUUUGUGUGUAUGGGUGGCACGCCAAAACGUAUGGAACAAUUUGCAUACCGGCUGAUGGAGGAAAUAUCGUACAAAAUACCGACGGGUACAACAUUACAAGAUAUUAGUCGUUACUCUUACAGAUACUCGAUGUACAAAGUAGGACCAGUAUUAUGUAUAAGCCAUGGGAUGGGAAUGCCUUCAGUUGGCAUACUUCUACAUGAAAUCAUCAAACUCAUGUUCCAUGCUAAGGUCGUGGAUCCAAUUUUCUUUAGAAUAGGCACUAGUGGAGGUAUCGGAAUAGAAGGAGGCACUGUGGUCAUCUCGGACGAAGCUGUUGAUGGAAUGCUUCAAGCGAAUUUAGAAAUACAAAUUUUGGGAAAAGUUGUAAAGAGGAGCUCAGUCUUGGACAGAAAGUUGCAAUGGGAAUUAAAAUCUUUGGCGGAACCAGAUGACCCUUAUCCAACAAUUAUUGGCAAGACUGUUUGUACUAGUGACUUUUACGAAGGUCAAGGGCGCAUGGACGGAGCAUUUUGUGACUUUUCUGAAGAAGAAAGACUUGAAUAUUUAGAAAAACUUAAGUCAAGUGGCGUGAGAAACAUUGAAAUGGAAUCGUUGGCAUUUGCUGCAUUCACACAUCACGCGGGAAUCAAAGCAGCUGUGGUCUGCGUUACUUUGUUGGAUAGACUGAAAGGCGAUCAGAUUCAUUAUCCCAAGGAAGUGUUGGACGAGUGGCAACAAAGACCACAAAAAUUAGUAUGUCGUUAUAUAAAAAAAUAUUUAUCAAAAAGGGGCCUGAUAUUAAAUAAUCAUUGUGGAUCUAUAAAUGUUAAGAGUCCUAGGAGGUUUAAACUUGUACAGCAGGAAUCUGAAAGCUAUGAUUAACAUAUUUAACCACAAUUUAAAAUUUUACUAUUUAUACAAAUAAUACUCAUUACUCUUUAAAAUUUAAUUACUUUUACUAAUUUUUUAUUCUAUUUCUAUAUUUAUUAUUAAGCCAUUAAGUAAAUUCAUUGUACUUAUAGUUAAUCUCAUAAUAAUAUUAUAGUAAUAUUUUUUCUCUCUAUAGAAUCCAGUUAAAGAAUCCAUUAAUAACUAGAUUAUAAAUAAAUAUAUAUAAUAGGUAAUAUUAAAACAUUAAGUUCCUGUUGAAUACAUUUUAAGUUGAAUAAAGUUAUAAAGGAAUCUAUCAAUUUAAACAAUCUAAUGUUAAGUUAAAAAUAUCUCAACAAAAUACUUUAAUACAUUACAAUUUAUUGUCAUAAUAAUUGUGAUAAAUUGCAAUGCUGUAGAGCCUAUUAUAAUACAACUAGCUUUCAUAUUAGUUACUUAUAUUUAUGUCAUUAUAAAACAAAACUGAUAUUAAAUACUUACUCAAUACUAGAGCUAACCUCUCUCUGAUCUUUUGAUCCACUUAAUCUGACAAAUAUACUAGGCUAUACAAAUCUCACAAAGUUAUCCCUGAAAUUGCCACACGUUAAGAAUUUAUUUCAAGACAGUGUGAAUAACAAUGCCAAAUACUUUAGCACUGACAAAAAAACAAAGAUUUAAUAAAAUAAUCUUUAGUAGUUAGUUGGCUACUAGUAAAUUAUACUAGACCUAAUCACUACUGGUGAACAAUGUGCUUGGAGGCUAUAACAUUUAAGUUUAAUUAAAUGAUAUAAUAAGAUGCCAAUAAAUAAGUUAAGUAAUUAGAAUUAUUUUUAAGAUCAGUGUUUUUGUAAGAUGUUUUAGUACAACAAUGUAUUACAUUAAGCUUUCAUACUGACAAUAUUUUUGCUCAAAAAUAAUUUGUGCGUAAAAUUAGUUAACACCAAAAUGUAACAAACUAAAAUAUUAACACAGUCAUAAAGCAUAUUUAACUAAAUUGAAUACCAUUUUAUUAUUAUUGUCUACAACAUAAUCAAAAUAAUUUUGACAGCCAU